GUUCGGGGCAGGGAAGGGGCGGACUGCGAGCGCGGGACCGAGGGGAGGCCGCGACCCUGCUGCCCACCGGCUGGAGGCACCAUGACGGCGAUGAAGACCCAGCACUCCUUGGCAGGCCAGGUUUAUGCGGUGCCCCUCAUCCAGCCAGACCUGCGUCGAGAGGAGGCAAUCCAGCAAGUGGCAGAUGCCCUGCAGUACUUACAGAACAUCUCCGGAGACAUCUUCAGCAGGAUCUCCCAGCGAGUAGAGCUGAGCCGACGCCAGCUGCAGGCCAUUGGGGAGAGGGUCUCCUUGGCCCAGGCUAAGAUAGAGAAGAUCAAGGGCAGUAAGAAGGCCAUCAAGGUCUUUUCCAGUGCCAAGUACCCAGCCCCGGAGCACCUGCAGGAGUAUAACUCCGUCUUUACUGGAGCCCUGGACCCUGGUCUGCAGAGAAGACCCCGGUACAGGAUCCAGAGCAAGCACCGCCCACUGGAUGAGCGGGCUCUGCAGGAGAAGCUGAAAUACUUUCCCGUGUGUGUGAGCACCAAGUCGGAGCCUGAGGAUGAGGCUGAGGAGGGACUUGGGGGUCUUCCCAGCAACAUUAGCUCCAUCAGCUCCCUGCUGCUCUUCAACACCACAGAAAACCUGUAUAAGAAGUAUGUUUUCCUGGACCCUCUGGCUGGUGCAGUAACGAAAACACACACCAUGCUGGGCACAGAGGAGGAGAAGUUGUUCGAUGCUCCUCUGUCCAUCAGCAAGAGAGAGCAGCUGGAGCAGCCAGCUCCAGAAAACUACUUCUAUGUGCCAGGCCUGGGCCAGGUUCCUGAGAUCGAUGUGCCAUCCUACCUACCCGACUUGCCUGGCGUCGCAGACGACCUGAUGUACAGUGCGGAUUUGGGUCCCGGUAUUGCCCCGUCCGCUCCUGGUGCUAUUCCAGAGCUGCCUGCCUUCCAUACGGAGGUGGCGGAACCUUUCCAGCCAGAACGGGAGGAUGGAGCGCUGUUGGCACCACCACCGCCUCCUCCUCCUCCUCCACCGCCACCUCCCCCAGCUCCCACAGCGGUGGUCAGUGCGCCCCAACCACCGAUGUCCCCUGAUGUGGUAACCGUGACUGGCAAGGUUGCCAGGGAAGAGGACUCUGGCAGCGGUGAGGCCCACUCAGCCUCUGUUCAGGGAGCCCCUAAGGAGGUGGUUGACCCCUCCAGCGGCCGGGCCACUCUGCUUGAGUCCAUCCGCCAAGCCGGGGGCAUUGGCAAGGCCAAGCUGCGCAGUGUCAAGGAACGCAAGCUUGAGAAGAAGAAACAGAAGGAGCAGGAGCAAGUGAGAGCUACCAGCCAAGGCGGGGACUUGAUGUCAGAUCUCUUCAACAAACUCGUCAUGAGGCGCAAAGGUAUCUCUGGAAAAGGACCUGGCACUGGCACCAGUGAGGGGCCUGGUGGAGCCUUCAGUCGAAUGUCAGACUCCAUUCCACCUCUGCCGCCCCCACAGCAGCCAGCAGGAGACGAGGACGAGGAUGACUGGGAGUCCUAAGAGUGCUUUGGCCCUUCUCCCCCACCAGCAGGAACAGCCUGCAGGGGCUCCUGGGCCAGUCGGUGCCUGUCAGGCUCUGUUACCAAGGAGCUGCAGGGGUUUGUGCAGGUGUCCCAAGCCUGUGCCUAAAUUCUCUUCAUGGAGUCGGGCUCUGUGAGCCGUCUGCUGCCUUCCCUGUUUCAUGCGACUGCUUCACUGGAUCCUUCCCCGAAGUGCUUCUUCCUUUGAAGGAUCCUGAGAGAAAACAGCAACAUGCUGGACUAAAGAAAGUAACUGUAGGCCUGAACCCCAGCCAACAGUGGCCUUUUAAUAAAUAAAGAGCAGCCAUGCGGGUUGUGGCUUCGGA